AUUGCGUAUUCGUGUGGAACAAACACAAUGAGUAACGCACGUGACAGCGCAAGAGAUAAAAUAUCCACAUUUAUUACAAUGCUGGAAAAGAAAGGCAUUCGUCUUCUUGCGGUCGACUUCGACGAAACUUUGAUCUCGAUCCACUCCGGAGGUUUCUGGAAAGAUAGUACACAGAAACUAUCACAACAUGUUCGCCCGUGCAUGCGUGAUUUAAUGGAUGAAGCCUUACAACGCAACAUCAAUGUCUGCAUUGUCACUUACUUCACUCAGCCAUGGACAAUCAGAGAAAUGCUGAAAUUAGUUUUCAAAAGAGAUGCAGAAAAGAUUUAUGUUCAAGCCAACACUGCAGACUUCCGAGAGAAAAACAAGGAUCAAAUCCUGGGCAAAGAAGCACAUUUGGCUGCAGUUUGUACUGAAUUAUACAAUCAAAGACAUUUGAUCAUCAAACCUGAAGAAAUCAUUCUGUUUGAUGACGACACAGAAAACAUUGACACAGCCAUAGAGUUUGGACAUUGGGCAGUGACAGUGAAGGAUGACAUCAGUUAUCUGUCUUUUGAUGACUUUUCUACUAUGUUCAGGAAAUCAGGAAGCAAAAGGAAAGUUAGUUCCUGAAAGCAUGAAUUAAUUUAACCCAUAUCUGCUGUUUCACUAUGUAAUUUAUAAACAAACAUAAAUAACAGAUGCACAUCACUGCUGAUAUUUAAAUAUAAAUUCACAGUUAGCUUAAAUUAAUGUCAAUUUAGCUAUUAAAAUUUUGAUUAAAUUGCAUUAUAACCAGUAAAAAGUUAACAAUUUAUGAUAUUGAAUUGUUUUAAUAGCAUAUACA